AUGUCUCUCACGACGAUCCCGCAAGAAAAAGAGGUGCGAGGCUUAAACUUGAUUGCUGCGCACUCCCACAUCACUGGACUUGGUCUAGAUGCCGAUGGACUUGAGCCCAAGCCUGUUUCGCAGGGAAUGGUUGGCCAGUUGAAGGCCCGUAAGGCGGCUGGAGUGAUCCUGCGGAUGGUCAGACAAGGCAAGAUUGCUGGACGGGCUGUUCUGGUUGCCGGUCCUCCAUCUACCGGUAAGACCGCUAUUGCUAUGGGAAUCUCCCAAUCUCUUGGAUCUGACGUGCCGUUCACCACGAUCUCGGGGUCGGAAAUUUACUCGCUGGACAUUUCCAAGACUGAAGCCCUUACGCAGGCCUUCCGCAAAUCAAUCGGUGUGCGUAUUAAAGAAGAGACCGAAAUUAUCGAGGGUGAGGUCGUGGAGAUCCAAAUCGACCGCUCGGUUACUGGUGGCCAUAAACAGGGAAAGCUUACCAUUAAAACAACCGACAUGGAAACCGUCUACGAACUGGGUACCAAGAUGAUUGAGGGUCUUGCUAAAGAGAAGGUCAUUGCCGGUGAUGCUAUUUCUAUUGACAAGGCCACUGGCCGUGUAACUAAGCUGGGUCGCUCGUACAGCCGGUCCAGAGAUUAUGAUGCUAUGGGCGCAGACACCAAGUUUGUCCAGUGCCCCGAGGGUGAGCUGCAGCGCCGCAAGGAGGUUAUCCACACGGUCUCACUCCACGAUAUUGACGUGAUCAACUCACGUACCCAAGGUUUCUUGGCUCUUUUCAGCGGCGACGUUGGGGAAAUCCGGGCCGAAGUUCGCGAGCAAAUCAACGCCAAAGUGGCCGAAUGGCGCGAGGAAGGUAAGGCUGAAAUUGUGCCUGGUGUGUUGUUCAUUGAUGAAGUCCAUAUGCUUGAUAUUGAGGCAUUCUCUUUCAUUAACCGUGCCCUGGAAGACGAAUUGGCUCCCAUUGUGAUUAUGGCCACCAACCGCGGCUUGACAACUACUCGUGGCACUUCCGAUAAGAGUGCUCACGGGCUGCCUGUUGAUCUGCUGGAUCGGAUCAUUAUCGUGUCCACUCAUCCGUACAACGCCGACGAGAUCCGUGAGAUUCUUACUAUUCGAGCUCAGGAAGAGGAGGUUGAUUUGCACGCCGAUGCGCUGGCCAUCUUGACUAAAAUCGGCCAGGAAUCGAGCCUGAGAUACGCCGCGAACCUGAUUGCAACCGCGAACCUGAUUGCCGCCAAACGCAAGUCGACGAUCGUGGAGGUCGGCGACGUCAAGCGCUCCUACUCCCUGUUUUUGGACUCAAAACGCAGUGUUGAGUUCUUGUCGGAGCCCAAAGAGGGUGCGAUGGAACUCAAUUAA